UGUUUUGAUCCAGGUUUGAUUCGGUGUUGGCUGCUGACGAGCACAGCCUCGCUCGGCUUUUUCCACGGAUCUCUGUGAGAUUCCCACGGAUCUGUCAUCUUCUGUAUUCCGUCUGUCUGAAUAAAAAAUGUCUCCUCAGCACCGGAGGGUUUCCCCAUUAUGACCUCAGCGGGCCGCCGCUCCUCUUCGCCGGGAUUCCUCCUCAGUGAGCCUGGCUUCAUUUUGGCACCGGCUGCCUCCCUGCUCCUCCACUAGAAACAAGAUUUUGUUUUUAUUUUGGGAUCUGAUUUGAUCAUUGAUGGUUUGACGCCAGACGUGGACCUCCAGAAGAGCGUAGAGACUAAAUCUCCAGCAGCCUGCUCUUCAGGAUGAGGCCUCAAACCAACUACCCAUCUCCUGCUUCAUCCUGCCAUCACUCAUAAACAAGACACCAAGAUACUGGAAAUCCUCCAUUCCACAAACUCUCCCCAACCCAGAAGGUCUUGGCUAUGGGGGGACACAAGAGUAAGCCCAAAGACGUUGGCCAGCGAACCCGCAGCCUCGACAGCAACGUCAGCUCUGGGGGAGGGACUGUUAGUCACCACCACAACUCUACUCAACAGUCAGCGACACCCAGCCGUAGCCCAACUGUGGACACAGGUCUCACUAAUAAUCAGUCAAUGACCAAUAAUGCCGAAUUCGCUCUGUUUGGAGGUGUGGACAAUAACAGCAUCUCUUCAAACAGAAUAACUCUAGCAGGUGUGACGGCAUUUGUGGCUUUGUACGACUACGAGUCUCGAACAGAGUCAGAUCUGUCUUUCAAGAAGGGGGAGUGUCUCCAGAUACUAAAUAACACGAGGAAGAUAAACUGCAGGGAAGGGGACUGGUGGCUGGCGCUCUCCCUGACCACCGGAAAGAGUGGUUAUAUCCCCAGCAAUUAUGUGGCUCCUUCUGACUCCAUUCAGGCAGAAGAUGAUCUCAAACUGACACUAGAUUCCAGAUGGUUCUUUGCCAAAAUCACACGCCGCGAUUCAGAAAGGAUGCUGCUAGCUUUAGACAACAGAAGAGGGACUUUUGUGGUGAGAGAGAGUGAGACCACCAAAGGUGCCUACUGUCUGUCAGUGUUGGACUAUGACAACACCAGAGGGCUCAACGUGAAACACUAUAAGAUCAGGAAGCUGGACAGCGGGGGCUUCUACAUCACAUCCCGCACACCGUUCGCCACCCUGCAGCACCUCGUCAAUCAUUACCGCAAGCAUGCCGACGGGCUGUGUCACACUCUGACAGACAUUUGUCCCAUACUGAAGCCUCAGACUCAGGGCUUAUCCAGGGAUGCCUGGGAGAUCCCAAGAGAAUCCCUGCAGCUGGAGCUGAAGCUGGGACAGGGCUGCUUCGGAGAGGUCUGGAUGGGAACGUGGAACGGUACGACGCGGGUGGCGAUCAAGACACUGAAGCCUGGCACCAUGUCCCCCGAGGCCUUCUUGCAGGAAGCUCAGGUCAUGAAGAAACUGAGACACGAGAAGCUGGUUCAGUUGUACGCCGUGGUUUCCGAGGAGCCCAUCUACAUAGUAACAGAAUUCAUGGGCCAAGGCAGCCUGCUGGAGUGUCUGAAAGGAGAGUUUGGUGCAUUGCUCCGCCUCCCUCAGUUGGUAGACUUUGCCUCACAGAUUGCUUCAGGGAUGGCCUAUGUGGAGAGGAUGAACUAUGUGCAUAGAGAUCUCCGUGCAGCUAACAUCCUUGUUGGAGAUAAUCUGGUUUGCAAAGUGGCUGACUUUGGUCUGGCUCGACUCAUUGAGGAUAACGAAUAUACGGCCAGGCAAGGAGCCAAGUUUCCCAUCAAGUGGACGGCUCCUGAGGCGGCGCUCUACGGCCGAUUCACCAUCAAAUCUGACGUCUGGUCAUUUGGUGUCCUGCUGACUGAACUGGCCACCAAAGGUCGUGUGCCCUAUCCAGGUAUGGUGAACAGGGAAGUGUUGGAUCAGGUGGAGCGUGGUUACAGGAUGCCAUGUCCAGCAGAAUGCCCUGGAUCUCUUCACGAGUUGAUGUUGAACUGCUGGAGGAAGGAGCCAGAGGAGAGGCCCACCUUUGAGUACCUGCAGGGCUUCCUGGAGGAUUACUUCACCUCCACAGAGCCUCAGUACCAGCCAGGGGAUAACCUGUAACUAGACUGUUUGGAUAUGCGAAAACGGACCAGAAGUAUCGACAUUCAACUGCAUGAACAGGGAUAUGUGGGAAUAGUAUGGCAGAGAUCAGCAUAAAUCUGGGAACAAUCAGUGACUUUUCCUUUGUUUUUUUCUCAAGUCUUUUUUUCAGACAUUUUCCACGGAUCUAAAAAAGUGUGAGGCAAAUCGCUUUUAUUGAUUUUUAUGGAACAUGAUCAGUGAGUCAAAUUUGGUCAGCGUUGUCCUGCUGAUAAAUUCUUUAGUCAGAGGUAUAUUUCUACCAUAUGUUCUUUUGGAUUCAAUUUGAAACACAUGCUCAGACUCGGUCUUCCUUUUCUUGAGCCAACACUUAUUUCUUAUACCAUUGUGGAUCUUGUUUAUUUGGAACUUGUUACUCCAAAAUCAACUGGAAUGUGCCAUGCUCGCUGUCAUGACCACCAUUAGGUACAACUCCUUUUUAAUUCAGUCAAAUAUUAACUGGUCAAAAAAGGUCAACUCAGGACGGGGACAUAAAACAAAUCUGCUGCAAGGAUCUUUGUGCCAACGGAAAUGUAUUUUGUACUCUUGUACGCUCUAUUUUUGGUACUUUUCUUAUAACAAAAAGAAACUACAUUGUUGUUCUGAAAGGGUGAUCCACUUCUCCUUCUGUGUACAGGUUUUAAUGUGCUGAUUUGUUUUCAGAGGGAAAUCGGACCAAACUUCUUUUAAGUCUCCUUUUUUCCUAAAAUGACGCGAUGUUUUUUCUUAGUGCUUGAGCACAAUCUUACACUGGAGAUCUUUUUGUCCUGAAGAGGAUAAACGAGCAACAGGAGCGUGUUCACUGUGGUAAUGCCUCUCUCUGGCCUGCAGGAGGCAGACCACGGUGCAUUCAUGUCAAUUCGCCCCGCAAGCAUGUACAGGCAAUAAAAAAUGGCAUUUUAAAACUUAAUUGUAAAUAUUUUUGAUGCUAAUAAUUUGUAUAUAUCAACUUUCCUUAUUUAUUCAUUUUAAAUUAACCCAUUUAUUUUAUUUUAUUUUGUUUUAGCACAUAUGGGCAAACUUAUUUUUGUUUAUGGUACUUUUAUGGGAUAAAUAACAUGAACUGGAUAUAAAGAAACAUUUUUCAUUACAGUUAUUGGGGUCAUAUUUCUGUGAAACUGACCUGAAUAUUUUCUAAAUUACUGAUUGAAGUGGAGAGUAGCGAUUGUGACCCAUUUAACAUCGAUACCACAGAUUUAAAGAAAAACUGAGGAUGUCAAACCUUGUUCUGUUUUUAGUGAGUGCAGCUGACUAUCCUCUGUGUUACCAGUUUGGCAUGCUCACUGAGCCUUAGUAGUUUUAUAUUGCUCCCAAUUUUUGCUCCCACUUAAUGUUUUUUGCAAAGCAAAAAAUGCUCGUUAAAAAAUGAUAAAGUUUGUAUUUACCCUUUCUUUGUUUUCUGUGGGGGUUUUCAGGUCUUCUUCCUACCUAUGCAGAUUUUUUUAACUGCAAGCUUCCUACAUAUACUGUACUCUUUUCUACCAUAUUCUGCUGGUAUUUUCACACAAAUAACCCUGUUAAAUUCUUCCCAAUACUGUUCAAAUUUUAAAAGUCAGUUUGAAUAAAAUUCAUACAUUGGCAGAAA